AUGUCUUCUUCCAAAAUCGUCGCUCGCAAAGCCCAGCAGUUCAUCUUCAACCCCUACAUGACAAAAGAAGGGUCAGUUUGAUAUUUCUUCCGGCUGAAGCAACUUCUAAUAGUUUUUGGAACCCCGUGAUCAGUAUACAUCAAAAAGCUCAAAGUCAUAAAACACCUGAACAGCUUGCUGGCGAAUAACUUGUAUGAAAAUUAAGCCUGAAACUCUCACGAAUAAGUGCUUGAAGCUGAAAAUCACUUGUUUUCUCGCGUUUUUUUCCAAGAAAAAAGAAUUGAAUCAAACUUCAGUACUUCUUAUGGAAAAGUAUCAAUAAGCCAAAAUUGUUCGUUUAAAACCUUUAAUCAUGAAUGCUGUCAAAAAACGUUGUGAUGUAAUUAUACGAUCUCCAUUCUCAAAAAUCGAAAGCUCCCGUUUUCAAGUCACAAAAAGGUUGUUCGAACCAAGCAAAAACUUUACAGCAUCAGCAUGUCGGCCAAACAAUCUUCUCCACCUACAGUCACUACUCAAAAACCCACUUCAGCCAUCGAUAGCAGUCGAGCCAAUCAAAUGUCUGCUAUGUUCAGAGGCAAAGCCAACACCACGUUAGUUUCAUUUUAAUCUUACUACAGUACAAAAUCCAAACUUAACCAUUAAAACAAGUUCUAAUUUGAGGUACCCCGAAGAAUCACUCCAGAAGAAUGUGCAGAAACUGAUAAAGGAGGAGCAGGAGAGACAACAAGCUUACAUUAACAUUUCCUCCGCGCGGUUUUGA